AUGGGAUUAGAUACAGAUAAAUUGAUAAUAAGUCUAGAUCCAAAAACUAAUCGAAAAAUUAUUAAUGGGAAAUAUAGAAUUAUUAAAAAGAUUGGACAAGGUCAAUAUGGGAAAGUAUUACUUGGAGAAUGUGUAGAUAAACAAAUAUGUCCUCCUGUUCAAUAUGUUGCUAUCAAGACGAUUAAUAGAAUAGAAAAGGCAAGAUUAAUUACGAAAACUUAUCAAAGUCUGAUUAUUAAGAUAAAACGAGAAAUUCAAAUAAUGAAAGAAUGUAAUCAUCCAAAUGUGGUUAAAUUAUAUCAAGUAAUUGAUGAUACUAAAUUUGAUAAAAUCUUAUUGAUUCUUGAAUAUUGUAAAUUUGGUGAAAUUGAUUGGAAACAUUAUAAUCAUUAUUAUGAAAAAUAUACCAAACAUGAAUAUAGAAAACCGCUUACCCUUAAUAAGAUCCUUAGAGAUGUAAUCAAUGGGUUAGAAUAUCUUCAUGAUUAUAAGAAAAUCAUUCAUCGAGAUUUAAAACCUUCAAAUUUAUUAAUUGAUGAAACUAAUACAAUUAAAAUAUCCGAUUUUGGUGUAAGUUUAAUUCUUGAAAAUGAAACUCAAGAUUUAAAAGAAUUAGCAAAAACAAUGGGUACUCCUGCUUUCUAUGCUCCUGAAUUAUGUCAAUUUGUAAAUAAUCGAUAUUCAAUGAUAACUAAUGCUAACCAUGCUGCUAAUAAAGUGAAGAUCGAUUUUAAGAUUGAUAUUUGGUCACUUGGGGUUACAAUGUAUAGUCUUAUGUUUAAUGAUUUACCUUUCAAUGGAGGUAAUGAGUUUGAAAUGUGUAAGAAUAUUGUGCAAGAACAAUUGAAAUUUCCCAAGAUUAAACAUUCCAAAAAAGUUACUACAGGAGAUAUUGAAGAAUUGGGAUUAUUUAAAGAUUUAAUUAAGAAGAUGUUAAUUAAAGAUCCUAAAGAUAGAAUUGAUUUACAAUCAAUUAAACUUCAUCAAUUUACCACAUUUGAUUAUAAUGAAGCUGAAACUAGAAAGUUCUUAAAUUUUAAUCUGCAAAUAUUUAAAGAUGCAAAUACCAAGAAGGAACUUAAUUCAACGAAUAAUGACCCUAGCUUCAAAAGUAGACUUAAGAAAUUAUUUAUGGGAAAGACUACUUCAUUACCAUCAAUUCCAAUUAUAAAAGAGAAAACCUCUCCUAUAUCCGGUGGGGUAAGGAAUACAGCAUCUGAUCAAGCAUUAGAUCAUAUCAGAUUGAAGGAACUAGAACAUGUUGAUGAUUUGCUUGAUUCAUAUUUGGAUGAUUCUUCAUCAUUAGGAAGUGAUUUAGAAGAUGAAGAUGAACAUGUCGAAGUUUUCGAUACUACUAAUAUAUUGGGUGAACUUAAAGAUAUUAUACUGAAUAAGAAAGUUAAAUCAAGACCAGAACCACUAGAAUUAAAAAGUUCAACAUUUAUCUUUGAUAAUGAAAAUAAUAACAAGAAGAACAUUAGUAGAAGUAGUAGCGAGGUUUCUUCUCCUCAAACACCUACCACUGAUAAUGUAACCACUAUAGGUGCAGCAAGUACUCCAACGUCACUGGUUCCAAACAUACAAGUAUUCAGUCCAGCAAAGAGAUAUUUCUCCAAGAAUAAAGAAACCGAAACGACCACCAAGAACCAUACCAAGAAGAAACCAACUAUUGUAUCGCUAUCUUCACCCCAGAAUCCAAAAAAGAAUAACGACAACAACGUUAAAAACAAAUAUAUCGCAUUAGCGGAACCACCACCGAUAUUCGCAUUGACUAGCAAGCAACCACUACCACCACAACAACAACAACCAGUUCCACUUUCUCCUUCCCAUAGUAGAAAAUCAAGUAAUGAAAGCCGAGAUGAACAACUACUCGGAUCACCCAUAUCAUCAAGAAAGAAUUCCAUAUCAUCUCAAGUAUUUGGAUAUGGAUUGUCUAGGAUUACGAGUUCUUCAUCAUCUUUGAAUUUAAAUGCGUAUCUUACUGAUGAUGAAGGCGGUAGUAGUAGUGGUUUGAUGAAACAUCAUAGUACUUUGAGUACGAAGUAUAGUUUGAGGUCAUAUCGAAAUAGUAAUAAUUCGAAAGAAUCUGAAGAAUCUGAAGAAGAUGAUGAAUAUGAUACUGAUGAGGAUAAUAAUGAUGAGACGUUGGUGUUUGCUGAUGAUUCACAUGGUAGCGGUGGUAAUGGUGGGAAUAAUUAUAGAGAUAUGAGGGAUUUUUUGAAUAGAUUAGAAUAG